UUGAUCGUUGGGCCCAGCGACUCCUCGUUUCAUAAAAAAUGGUACAAGACUGAAAGAACGAUAUACAGCAAAGAAAUAGUGAUUUAUGAAUCUUUUAGGCAUGUCAAUAAAUUAGGGAGUGGCUAUCACGUGUUUCCAUUUAAAAUCACGCUUAGACCGAAGGACAGUGGUACAUGCACCCUAUCACAGUAUGUGGACAAUUUUUACGUAGAAGCGAACAGCUACUACGGAAUAGAUGCGUUUCUGAAGGUAGAAGGGGUGUUCAAGCCCGUUCUCACGGAUAAUGUGCGUGUAGAGAUGCGAACAUACCACCAGAAAACGAGAAAAAUCACAGACACGAUUAAUAUCACGUCAUGUCUGUGCCUGAUGUCCACUAACCUGAUCAUUAUUGGUCAUACGGACAAGGAUAAGUAUUCAACAACCGAUGCCAUCUCAUUUUUUACGCGCCUUUCCAACAACACCUAUGGUAUCAAAAGUGUCAAAUUACGGCUUUACUGCCAUCUCACACUCAGAACAAAGAACAACGUCGUGAACAAAACAAAACUCGUUGCUUCAUCUGAUAGAUCAAUCAUAAAGCUCAAUGAUAAAAAUACCGAGUAA